AUGGACAAAAUUUUCUACAAAUCUGUAAUACUAGAAAUCAGGCCGCGUUUGCAGUCCGUCAACGUCCUAAUCAACUUGAUAUCGCCCCUCGAGGUCAGCAAAAUAUCCCUCAAUGAGGACAGUUUCCAGAUACUUGUGGACGAACACGUCCAUACUGUUUCUUGCAAAAAUUUAAAAAUCGUGGUUAAUUCGUUAAGCUCGUUGAUUGUUACGCAAACUUACAUUUCGUUCCGUUUUUCCACUGUUAACAGUUCGGACGACUGGGGCAGUUUCAAAACGGAGGUUUUAAAAACCGCAGGUUCAAAUGUGCCCACAAACCUCCAAAAUGUUUUUCUAAAAGUGGCAGUACCUUACGUACUUCAGUGUAAAAAUUGUUCGCAAAAUUUGAGCGAAAAUGUCAAGUUCGAGCGCGUUUUGCCCCUACCGUCGGAAAAUUCCGACUCAAGUGACUGGUUUUGUCACUCGCAUGGGGGCUCCAAUGUUGCUGUUUUAAAUCCGAAAGAAACCGAUGUUUUUUAUGGCUCUUGUUACUGUCAUUUAAGCAAACCAUUGGUGAGGAAUGUGAUAGAAAGUGAGAAAGUCGUGGUUUGUAAGAGGUGUCUCUCGUGGUUAGGGCUUUUGAAAAAUUCCGAAACCUUCAAAUUUUGGUUUAACACAGUCGCGUUCAAGGACGGAAGUGUAGUUCAUAGUACGUCGCCACUUGGUGAUACUUUUGCUGCUUUAAGGGAGGUUCUGAACAGCAUUCUUUUCAAUACUGCGAAAAUUGUUCUUUGUUGCCAAAGCGGUAAAAAACAAAACGAUUACAUCCUUCUCUGGAUUUUGGAAAAACAGUUAAAUGUACAGCUUGGCGUGAAAGAUUGUAAAGUGGCCAAAGUGUUGUUUAAAUACGAAAAUAACAAGAACGAAAUUGUUAAAAAGUGGAUGGAAGACAGCAAUGUUGUGAGUAUUGACAUUUCCAAACCUAUGACUGUUGAACUUUUGAAGCAUCUCUACAAAUUCAAUAAAAUAUUCCCAAAGGAGUUUAGUGAAUCUAAUAAUUUUUAUAUUUCUUAUUUAAUGAUGUACGAACAUGGCGAAAAAUAAAUUUUGUAGAAAAAAAUG